AUGAGAAUUACAAAUACCUCGUGCGAGAUUUUGUCCAACUACACCUGUUGGAUGGAAUCUGUCCGCGAAUACAACCAGAGAUCAGCAAACUUGAUGAUAUCUGUCGAGGUCAUGAUGUGUUUGUUCAUGGUGGUUGGAAUUCUAGGAAAUACGUUAGUGCUAGUUGUGUACUCAUACAGAACCCAAAAGACGACAGCAAACAUUUUCAUCAUGUUUUUAGCUUGUAUGGAUUUGUUUGCAUGCGUUGUGUUGCAUCCUUACAUCAUCUUCAAACUAUUUCAUGGUUAUGACCAAACUUGGACAGUGCUUUGCAAAGUAUUUGAAUACUUUAAUCACUGUAUAUUGGCGUUGUCCGGUUUGACCUUGUGCCUGGUCGCCAUCGACAGAUAUCUGGCAAUAUGCCAUCCUGUGAAGUUUCUUCAGUUCCAUAAACAGGUCGCGAAAGCAAUAACAACUAUUUCAGUGAUUUCGGUGAUAGGGAGCCUGCCAAUUUUAGAAUUUUAUGGAGCAACUCCAACUGAGAUUGAUGAACCAAACAGCACAUUUGUAGGUUUCAGAUGUCAUUAUAAAUUGAAAUAUCAAAAUUCGACAGCUUUGACGGCAUUUGGAGCGUUCAUCCUGUGUGUUUUUAUGACUGAAAUAAUAACGAUGAUAGUCUUGUAUAAGCACGUGGCAGUCACAGCGUACCGAAGCAGACGAACAGUGAAACCAUUAUCAAAUGCACAUAUUUUAGCCGGAAUUAAACCUUCGUCAUCAAACUCAGAGACCAAAUUUUUCUCAAGAAGAAAUGAGACUACAGAAACAAGUUGUCAGUCACAUGAUCAAGUUUCACGUGACACGGAAAGAGCAGCAGAUGUAACCGCCAUAUUUUCAGUUGAACCAAAAGUUCGUAAAUUUGAAGUCAGUCGUGUUAGUGCUCGAGAAGAUGAUAUGAAUCUUGACGAAAAUCGCAAACACAUUUCAGAAAACCGAAAGUUUUCUUCUAGACUAAAGGCAGCAAAAAUAUUGUUUUUCGUCACAGCAGUUUUCUUCUUGUCGUGGAUGCCUUUUUUCGUACUUCGCAUAUGCUCGUCACUCGAUCCAACGUUCUUGAGCGUCAGAUCAGACCCGAUAGUUAUUCUAGAAACAUCUUUAAACCACGUGUUCUAUCUCAACAACGCGAUCAAUCCUAUUAUCUACACACUUAUUAACAAAAACUUUCGACUGGCCUGCAAAACGUUUUUCAAGAAACACUGCAUUGUAAGAAGGCGAUAA